GCAAUUCCGUUGGCGACGCGCGAAGGAAAUAAGCUCUCCUCGUGCAUUUAAUAAUCAACUCUAUGAGAGUAAAUUACCUCUAGAUAUCAUUUUUGAUUUUCCUUUUUCUUCUCACCCUCCCCAGUGAAGCUUCCGUCGAUUGAUGGCGGCGGGGUAGAACAACUACUCUUCAAAAGAUGCGCAACCUCAAAACCGUGCGCCUCGCCGAGGUGCAGCUCCAGAACGAGCUUCCUUUGACGUCAACAGCCUGGGAUACAGCUUCGGAUGCUGUUGUUUGUACCUUUGGACCUACCGCGUCUAACCCAGUCAUUGAGCUUCGCAGGAAACGCCAUGACGCCUAUUUUUCAGAUCCCAUAGGAGCGGAUGCAUUUGAGUGCAUCGCAUCCUGGGAUGCGCCAUGCCCACUACCAGAUCUGGAAUGCGACCGGGUUCUUUCUUUGCACUACUUUGCAGACAACCUCACUGCCUGUCUGGUGCUGGAAGGAGGUGACAUUAUCAUUGUCCGUGAAGAGCCCCUCCCAGGCGAGGAUAAGAUUGAGAUUGUGGGUAGUGUUGAUGUCGGCAUCACAGCGGCUGCAUGGUCUCCGGAUGAGGAGCUGUUGGCCUUGACCACCAGAGCCAACACGUUCCUUUAUAUGACGAGGGAAUUUGAAAACGUUGCCGAAAUCACUUUCACGCAAGAGGACCUCCAAGCCUCGCAGCAUGUCUCCGUGGGCUGGGGAAAGCGCGAGACCCAGUUCCAGGGUAAACGCGCCAAAGCUCUUCGGGAUCCCACUGUCCCCGAGAAGGUGGACGAGGGAAAGCUAAGUAGCAGUGAUGACGGAAAGACGACCAUCAGCUGGCGUGGUGAUGGUGCAUAUGUCGCUGUGAACAGCAUCGAGGCUGGCGUCAGGCGUGCGAUCAGAGUUUACUCGAGAGAAGGAACCCUUGACAGCAUCAGUGAGCCUGUGGAUGGCCUGGAAGGUGCUCUCAGUUGGAGGCCUUCUGGUAAUCUUAUCGCGAGCAUCCAGCGACGCGAGGAUAGGAUUGAUGUGGUCUUCUUCGAAAGGAAUGGCUUGCGCCAUGGGGAGUUUACUCUCCGUCUCACCGAAGAAGAGCGCUCCACUUGGGCCUCGAACAUUCAUCUUAACUGGAAUGUUGACUCGACUGUACUUGCGGUGCAGUUUCACGACAAGAUCCAAUUCUGGACAACCGGGAACUACCAUUACUAUCUCAAGCAGGAGAUCCCAAUGGUAGUGAACCCCGAGUAUCCUUACCCGUUUGUCUUCAAAUGGCAUCAGGAGAAGGCCCUGCGAUUUAUUGCGGGUGCUUCAGGGUCGAUGUUGGAUGUGGACUUUGUUUUCGACGUAUCUCAAGGCUCUACCACCAGUCCAGAUGAUGUCGGCGCUGUCGCUGUCAUUGACGGAAAAACUCUGAAGUUGACCCCUCUGAGGCUGGCGGGAGUCCCUCCCCCAAUGGCUCAUAAUGAGUUGGCACUAGACUCGAACAUUGUUGACGUGGCCUUCAGCAAGUCAGGAACGCGGAUUGCUGUCCUUAUGAAGGAUUGCUUUUCCGUCUUCCUUUGGUCUCUCAAGACCAGGCCGGUCGUUGCGCCAAUCCUCGAGUCGAGCUAUCCGCUGUCAGAAACGACAGACAGCCGACCCCGGCAAAUCGCCUUUGCGAACGAGCAUGAAGUUUACAUUCUCUUAGACAAUGGCCCGAACAAUACCUAUAUCGAACGCACCGCUCUGGAAACACGUUCUACUCAGAUUGCGUAUCAGGCAGCGGACUCGGAGCAAGUCCUGUCAAUUUUCACGUCUCUGGGUCACGAUGCCUUGUGGUUUUCCCAUGUCAAAGCCCCUAACCAACCGAUUGGCUACUCCUAUAUCUCAAUGCCUUCUUCGAAUGAGUUCCAGGUUCAACCCUGGCUCGAAAGCCCGACUGUCGAUACCCACUGGGCCAAGGCGGUGCAGAUUUCUGAGGACGAGGUAAGCCCCUCAGGCAUUUGCGGUCUAUCAGUGGCUAAACUUUCCAAGACUAUCUUGGUGUCCAUGGCAAGAUCAGGUGCUCUGUAUGCCAACAAGCGGCUUCUCGCAAAGAAUUGCACUUCUUUCCUCGUUACGCCGGCCCAUAUCCUGUUCACAACUUCCCUACAUCUGAUCAAGUUCGUUCAUUUGACUACGGCGGAAGAGAUGGAUAUACCUCCGGACACACCCGAGACCGACGAACGGUGCAGAAGCAUUGAGCGUGGCGGACGUCUAGUAACAGUGAUGCCUACGACAUUUGCCGUCAUCUUGCAGAUGCCUCGUGGCAACCUUGAAACCAUCUACCCCAGAGCUCUUGUCCUGGCUGGCGUCAGAACCUUCAUUGACCGUAAGAACUACCGGGCUGCAUUCUUGACCUGUCGUAGUCAAAUGGUGGAUAUGAAUAUCAUCCACGACUAUGCCCCGGAGCAGUUCAUGGAGAACGUUCAGCUGUUCGUGGAUCAGGUGAAAAGAAUUGAUUUCAUCGAUGAGUUCAUCUCUCGUCUUAGUGAGGAGGACGUCUCCCAGACUCUCUACAAAGACACCCUGAAAGCGCCCAAGGCGGAUAUCGCGCAACCUGGACUUGUUGCAUCCGCACCCAAUAAGGGCAGCAAGGUCAACCGAAUCUGCGACGCCUUUUUGUCUACGCUGGAGAAGCGGUUGGAUACCAACCUGCACAACCUGAUUACUGCGCACGUCUGCAAGUCACCACCAGAUCUCGAGUCCGGCCUGCAACUGGUUGCACGCCUGAGAGAAAACACACCCGAACAGGCAGACGACGCAAUUGAACACAUGUGCUUCCUGACGGAUGCGAACCGUUUGUACGACAACGCACUGGGUCUCUACGACCUUGAACUCACGUUGCUCGUCGCCCAGCAAGCCCAAAGGGAUCCCCGUGAGUAUCUGCCCUUCUUGCGCAAGCUGCAGCAGCUACCCGAACUCCGUCGCCACUUCGAGAUCGACAACUACCUCGGACGGACCUCCAAGGCUCUCAAGCAUCUGCAUGCUCUCAACGCUCAUGACGAACUCCGGGCAUACACAAUCAAACAUGUCCUGUACAAGGAUGCCAUCGACCUGUACAAGUACCAGGCCGAGCAGCUCCGCGACACCACCCACCUUUACGCCGACUACCUAUUCGAUCGGUCUCAGUACAAGGAAGCAGGAAUCGCCUACGAAUCCCUCGAGCUCUACACCGACGCCUACAAAUGCUACCACCUGGCCCACCUCUGGCGCGAAUCCCUCUACUGCGCAAUGAUGGUCCCUCUCUCCGCCUCCGAGCUCGCCAACCACGCAACAACCCUAGCCAGCACCCUCACCGAAGAAUCAAAGGACUACAUCUCGGCGGCCCAAAUCCACGCCGACCACCUCCGCGACAUCCCCGCCGCGGCCCGUCUCCUCUGCCGGGGCUCUCGAUUCUCCGAAGCGACUCGUCUCCUCGCCCUCAACAACCACCAAGCCCUCAUCCCCGAGAUCGUCGACUCCGGUCUCGCCGACUCCAUGGGCUCCAUGACCGACCUCCUCGCCGACUUCCGCUCCCAACUCAACGCCCAAGUGCCCAGGAUCCGCGAACUACGUAUCCGCCGCGCCACCGACCCCCUCGCCUACUUCGGAGGCGACCCCACCAUGGGCGACGGCACCGGCGUCGACAUCCCGGACAACGUAUCCCUCGCGCCCACCGACGCCUCAACCCUCGCGGGCCGGAGUAUGUUCACCCGGUAUACCGGAAACACCGGGAAAACCGGCAAGACCAGCUCGUCGCGGCAUACGUCGAAGACGCGGAGGAAGGAGGAGCGGAAGCGCGCACGCGGUAAGAAGGGCACGGUGUAUGAGGAAGAGUACCUGGUGAAUAGUGUGCGACGACUGCUUGAGCGGGCGAAUUCGACGGUGAGCGAGGUGGAAGUCCUUGUUGAUGCGUUGUUGCGGAGGAAUAUGCGGGAGCGGGCGGCGGCGAUUGAGAAGGCCAUGCAGGAGGUGUUGAAGUUGUGUGCGGAGAGUCGGGAGGAGGUGUUUGGGGCUUUGGUGGAGACGGCGAAGGAAGGGGAGGAGGGUGAUGGGGAGAAUGCUGAUGUUGGGGCUGCGGCUGGAGCGGGAGAGGAGUUCCCUGGGGUUGGGGCUCGCGGAGGGCAGAGUGUGUUUUGGGAUAGUGUGACGGCUACGGCGAAUGUUGGGAAGGGUCGUGAGGUUCCGGCGGUUAAGGAGCUGAAGGUGUCUGCGCUGUUGAACUGAGGUUGUGCAUUUUACUGUUUUUGCGACGAGGUCAUUAAAAGUCAUAGAUUUGAAAUUAAGGGAAUCAGACAGCUAAUCUGGUUCAAUUAAAUGCUUAUAUGUGGCGUAUGGAGCAGGUAUUAAUAGCCCAAUUGGAAGUAUAUACGGAAUUGA